AUGGAGUGGACGUCUAAAUAUGGUUUGAGCCACUCUGUUGUUUUGAGGACCCCAACCACACAAACCGCCAAUGAAAAUGCACCACAUAGAGAAAGGGGUCACUGGCGAGUCACUGGGGUGAGGGUGGUUGAAGGGGAAGAAUGGGUUAAUUUCAAGCUCUAUCAGAGUACAGGAGAUUCUAAAUUUUCAGUUUGCCAUUUGGCAACCAAAUUGUGUGUGACCGCAAGUUGGCUAACCUCUGUUUAUGCUAUGGCAGAUAACUGA